GAUUAUAAGACAAAUAAGAUCUCCAAUGAUUUCGAUAACGAAUCACCCGAUGUUCUUUCUUAUACUCCAAUUCUCGCAGCACGGUGUUCACAAAAGCCUUCGCCACCUGAUGAGACCCCAUCUCGUUACAUGACCACCAAGGAAGGGGUUGAUCUUAAGUUAAAAUUAAUGACUCGCCAACAACAGGUUAUCCGUUCAGUUGGCUUCAAAGAGGAAUAUCUCCAAAGUCGACCCACCAUUAGUUCACCACUUGCACCAGUUCGCAAGGCAGAGAUUGGUAAACGUAAUGCUAUUGGUGUUCUUUCUCCACGAUAUCUUGAUGACGGAAAGAAGGAUAAAUCUUUAAAUGAACAA